GAAUGAAAGUGGGGUUAUUGUAUUUCCUUUUAUAUUUAUACCUAUGAUGUACUUGUGUAAUGGACACGACAUUAGUUUAAAAUAAAUCCGUACUGGCAACAUUGGACAUUGAAUCUAUAUUUCACGCGUCAUAAAUAAUAAUCAUCCAGUCCAUAUCCCUCAAAGACCUGCUGCGUCUCUCUACAUGCUUGCCCUUUCCCUCGGACCACAUUCGCUGCAGUGCCUUUCUUCUUUUUUCACUCCAUUGCCAGCGGCCUGCGGUGCAAUCACUUACACAGAGGCGCAUUUUCUAGACUAAGUCAAUGGCGCUUCUAGGGACUUUACUAUGCGCCUUGUCUGUGUGAGAUUUACGAGCAAGCGAUCGUUCCGGAGUGAGUACAUCUAACAAUGUGGAUUGCCCGCUGAAUUUACCCCUACAUGUCACUGUGCAAACACGGCUGGAUGAGGACAUGAAUUUAGCAUGCAUGCUACCCAGAGACCUACCUAGUCUUCAAAGCCUCUUGGCUUUGAAUAAUUACUUUGCAUUCAAUGAGAGAUCUCGUUGGGACUUUAUGUAUGAACUGUCUAAGGAAUCGUCAUUUAAUGUUGCUACACGAAGAUUGUUGAUUGUUUUACUUAUCUGGCAACGUGCAACCUAAUCCUGGCCCUGAGUUGCAAUGUAUUCAGAUGCCAUCUGAUUGUAAAUCCUUGUCGAUAUAUCACAAUGAUUGUGAAAGACAUUUGUGGUGAUGGUAUGAUAUUUAAGACCAAGCAUUGCAGUUCAUGAUCAUUCAGCCAUUGAAUUUCCUGACACUGAAUAUUGUUUUAUUUUUAAGUCCAGUUGUCAGAGAUGAUUGUGUCGGUGUUGUUUAUUUAGUCUUCUUGGUAAACUUAUUGUAAAGUGGUGGGUAGACCACAGCAUGCACGUGCAGAGGGGGGUGCAAUGGGUGUUUGAGCACCUGACCUAGUACAAGCACAGUUGAUCCACAUCCAGCUACAGCCAGUACUAGCACAAACCCAGUCCAGACAUCUUUAGCAGGUCUCACAGACCCAGGUGAAGUGCAGCCUCAGCCAGUACGAACACAGCCACCAUCAGAUACAUUAUGGCUAUGGCAGAAAUUUGCUUAUGGCCACAGGGAAAUCAGCACCGGCUGUGCCUACAUGUUAUACUGUGUUAGUGUGUCUGCAUUUCCCUGUUAUUUCUCCCCUCCCUCUCUGUCAUUGGUAUGCCCCUACCCUCCUCUCAUCCCCCAUCUACCUGUAGUUUCCAGCAAGGCUUUCAUCUGUUCACACCAUUUUCCAAUCAUUCCUCUGAGGAGUUGGUCAAACUUCCUAGCAGAGUUAACAGUUGCCAUUCUGCAGGAGUCCAGGAUGCUGCACCCAAAGAUAGAGUCCAGUGAUGGAGUCUCCUGCAGGACCUGCAGUGUUUUGCUUUUCAUCUUUCUUCUAAUACAAUCUGUUGGAGCUCAGUCAGAGUUGACUUGUUCACAUCAACCAGUGGUAGCCCUGGCUGGUGGUGAUGUCAUUUUACCAUGUCACCUUGAACCUGCAGUCAGUGCCAGUUCUGACACAGUGGUGUGGACCAGACCUGGUUUGGAGCCAGAGUACGUCCAUGUUCACAAAGAUGGACGACUGAUAUUUCAGAGGCAAAAUCCAUCUUAUCAUUAUCGUACACGACUGUUUGCGGAUGAACUGAUGAAAGGAAACGUCUCCCUGAAAAUCUUCAGUGUGAAAAUCUCUGAUGCAGGAAGAUACUAUUGUUUCCUUGAAUCAAUGCAGAAGGAAGCUUCCAUCCAGCUCACUGUUGGUGCUGUCUCCUCGCCCAUCAUACAGGUUGUCUCAGAUAACAGCAGCAGUGUGGUGUUACAGUGUGACUCUGAAGGCUGGUAUCCAGAGCCUGAGGUGUUUUGGCUGGACGGUGAGGGAAACCUCCUCUCUGCUGGACCUACAGAGACAGUCAGAGGUCCUGAUGACCUCUAUACUGUCAGCAGCAGAGUGACUGUGGAGAAGAGACACAGCAACAACUUCACCUGUAGAGUCCAACAGAAGGACGUCAACCAGACCAGAGAGACUCACAUCCAGGUUACAGCUGGUUUCUUCAGGGAUCAGUCCUCUUCUGAUUGGAUUUUGAUCAUCAACAUUCUUCUUUGCAUUGCUGCCUCGGUGUUCAUUUUAUUAACAUUUUACAUUUACAGGACCAGGAGGAACAAGAAAACUGACAAAAACAAUAUGGCAGACUGUCCAGAGUUAUCCAGAUUGACUGGGGAAAAGAAACUCGAGAACCAAAGAGCGACAGGUGACUAGAAGAGAGAGUGCAGACCAACAGAGAGACCUUCCUCCACCCUGUUCACCUCCAGUUCAUCAGAUCCAGGAAGAGGUCGAGCCCAUUAAAAGUCCACUCCUCUCACAUCCAGAUCAUCAAAAUGUUAAAAUGUAGAAGAGGAGCUGCAGAGGACGCUUCAGUCAGUGAAGACAAUGGACAGAAAUAAGAUGCCCUCAUGAUACAGCAGGAAGAACUGUGGAGAUGAAACCUGAACUUCAGGAAGAACAACACAGAGACAGCUGACAGUUUAUAACACAAUGCACGCUAUAAAAGAAGUUUUUCAUACAAUGUGACUUUAAAACAGAGGGUUAGGGUUAGGGUGGGUGUCUCUGGGGUCUCUGGGUGUGGGGAUGUGAGUGUAAGAGCAUCGCGAGACGGGUGAGAUCCAGGAUGGCGGCGCCCUGCUGCUAGAUGAAUCAACUCAAUCUAAACUCUUUUUUUAACGGUAAAAAAAAUUAAACUGUGGAUUAUACCAUCGAAACUCUGGAGCACACUGAAAACUUCAUCGACGACUACUUUUUCAGACUGUGCGGGUCAGUGUACUUGAGAAAGAGAAACAGUUUUUGAAGAGUCGAGGUAAGGAGCAAACUACAGCAUGAACGGGAGAUUAAGGAUAGAAGAAAGAAAUUACUACCAAUCUCGAGACAAUGCCGUGAAAAGGGAAGGAGAGCCGCACUGACUGUAGACAUAACUACAACUAUAUAUCAACGGUAAACUCUACCGCGACAGCAACAUCACCACCUGGCUAUAAACAAAAUGUAAUGGAUUCAUGUCAUGUGUCUAAUUGUCUCAUGUCAAUUCUAAAUGGACAAACAAAUAAAAGUGAAGUCUAUUA